AUGUUCAAGAAAACGACUCGUGCCAAGAAUAUUCGACGCAAAAUCGACACAAGCGAUGACGAAAAGGAACCAGAAACUGUUGUCAGCCAAACCAAGAUUGAAAAGAAAAAGAAGCAAAAGCCACGAUCGCUCGGUUUAAGCUUUGAUCAAGAGGAGGAUGGCGAUGGGGAGACUUUUCAAGUGAAAAAGAGCAGUGCCAGUCGAAGGAUCGCAUCAGGACAACGCAAACUUGCUGUACCGCCCAUACAACCGACUACAGCAACCACCGCAGCAACGAUUGAUACAACGACUAUGGAUGAACAACAACCAUCAUCUUAUACGAGCGAAGUUCUUGAAUCAUUAAGGAAAAGCACACCAAGUCGACCAGCACAUAUUGGAGCAAUGGAUGAUGUCGUCGAAAAGUUCCCCAAUCUUAUGACAGCACAAGUUGGAUCGACCAGUAUACCCAGUGCGAACGCUAUUCAUGCUGCCAAAAUGAAACGUGAACAGAUGCGGAAAGGGAUUGUUGUACACGAAGAGGAGGAUUUCGUUGCAUUGGAUGAUAGCACUGAACAGAAACGCCUUGUUCGGGAGGAAGAUGAAAUUGGAGAUGAUGGCGAAGCAGAGUAUGAGCAAUACGUUGGUGAACGCUUGACACUCAACAAAAAGGCAGCACGCAAAUUGGAAGCAGAACGCAAGGCGAAUGCUCGAGAAAUGAUUGCUGAAGCCCAAGAGGAUGAGGAGGAUGAUGAUCAAAUGGAAGAUAUUGAACGAUGGGAGAGCAACCUUAUUCGACAUGGAGCUGUUCGACCACAACGCCAACAAGAACAACAACGUGAUCCUUAUGCUCCUCCACCAGGUUAUCGUCCAGCCUUAGUUCCAACACCUACACAAAUACCUGCUUUGGACGAGGCUAUGCAGCAUUUGGAUAUCGUGUCCAACGACCUCAACCAGAUCCUACAAGAAUAUGAUACACAAUUGACUCAGAUGGAGCAAAACAAGCAAAAUCUACAAAGCGCAGAGUUGGAUCUUGGUAAUGAUAUAUUGAGGAGCAGCGAACGAUACGAAUAUUUCCAAUCCUUGUCAUCCUAUGUCAACGACCUGGGAGAAUUUUUGGAUGCAAAGUUCCCUGAGUUGGAAGCGUUGGAGAAGGAGGCACAUGAUCUGAUUGCUGCAAAACACGCUAUUAUCAGCAAACGACGAUGGGAGGAUGAUAUGGAUGAUUUACACGAGUUUGCUCAUGUACCUGAAAAGAUGGAUGAGGAACAACAAGAGAAUGGACGUAUGCAAUACCAACGGGAAGGAAGUCAACGACGUAAAGAAGAGCGACAACGACGCAUAGAGGAACGACAAGAUCUUAUGGAUGUGGAUCCAGCAGAUGUGGUACAAGAGCAAGGACUAUGGUCAGAUGAUGAUUUGGAAGAAGAGUGGUCAGUGCAACAUGAAGAGAAAUUAGACAACAUCCAAGACAACAAAGUACCUGCCAUGUUGGAGGAUGUGGGUGAAGAGUUUGAGUCUAUGGAAGCCGUCAAGAGCAAGUUUGAAGCGUGGAAGACACGCUUUUAUGAUGAUUAUACCAAAGCAUUUGGCAGCCUAAGUCUCCCCGGUGCAUUUGAAUUCUUUGUACGCUGCGAACUUGUAUCAUGGGAUCCAUUCUCUCAGUCAACUGAAUUUGAAUCAAUGCGCUGGCAUACGAUUUUAUCACAAUACGGCAUCACAGAGCAUGGUGACGAUGCAGACGCCGAACUGUUGAGCAAGAUUGUUGAAAAGGUGCUGAUCAAAAAGGUCAAGAGCAUGUUGGAUACUCUGAACAUAGCGUCUACCAAAGAGAUGCGGUACGCAGCCCAGGUGGUGGAGCAAAUUUCAUACUAUGUGGAAAAACACGAUCGAGCCUAUCAAGAUCUGAUAUCUGCUGUGGAAAAUACGAUCGAUGAGCAGCUCAAGGCAUAUGCGGAUUUGAUGGAUACCAUAACCCUUCAACACAAUAACAAAGCCAAGGAACGCUUCUUUUGGCGGCAAUGCAAGUACUUGAAAACGCUUCAUGUAUGGCGACGACAUCUACCCAAAGAAACAAUCAAAUCUCUCGCCAGUGUGGUGAUGAAUCGUAUAUUAGCGCCUAUUCUACAACCAGCCAUAGACCCCAGUGAUGCACCUUUACAACGAGAGGCUUUACAUUUGGUGGAGCGUUUGGAAUAA